AUGGGUCGCACGGACUAUCACGAGAUCCUCGAUGAGGCUGAGCACAUGGAAAGCACCAAAGGCGCGGAGGUCUGGGACCUCGAAGCCGAAGCCGCGAGGCUCAACCUCAAGCUCGACGAGCUGCCCAUGGAGGAGAAGGCGUGGGACCGCGCGGUUAACGUCGCGUACCGCAAGGCGGCGCUGCGCGCGCACCCGGAUAAGCACCCGCCCGAGCAGAGGGACGCCGCGGAGGCUAACUUUAAGCGAUUGAACCGCGCCAACAAGCUGCUGCUGCGCGUGGGGAAGGCUAUUCGCGACGAAGCCGAGAGCGGCGACGCGAGAGCCGCCGUCGAGCAGAGCAAACGACUCGACGAAGAGCGCCGCAAACGGGAGGAGGCGCGGCUGGCGUCUCAGCUGAAGGGGAUCGUGUCGCUGCACGGCGUGAGCGGCGGGUUCACGGGAAGCAACGGGCGGCUGCCGGACCUGGAGCACGAUCAGGUGCGAUGGACCCGCGGCGACCUCGAGAACCAGCUCGUCAAGCUGUUGGCGCGGUGCGGGGAAGAGUUUGAAGCUCGCGCCAAGCGCAGGCGACGGUGGAAGCUCAUCAAGCGCGUCGCCGCCGGCGUCGCGGGCGUCGCGUUCCUCUGGUUCGUCCGCAAGACCUCCCCGCCCGAACGCGAUUACGGCGAGGAGCUUCGCGAGGUUGCCGAGGGCAUCCGCGUCGCCAUUCGGUACAUGGGCCGCGAGCUCGCCGGCGCCAUCGGGCGGCCCCAGGAUGCCGAGGAGAUGGCGGAUGACCUCGAGAUGGCGUUCCUGGAGGGCCGCAUGAGCGUCAACGACGACGGCGGUUUGGAGGUGCUCAUCCCGGACCCCGACGAGGACGGCACGUACUACAAGCUCAACAUGAGCUCGAGGGAGGACGGCACGAUGGCGGUUUGGGCCGAGGGCGCCGACGGCGAGACUGUCGAGUACGCAUCCGCGGAUUGGGACGACGAGUCAGACAGGGUGGGGUACUUUGGGAUACCGGUGGAGCAACGCGCGCGAGGGACGAAAGGGAGCGUCAACUUCACCCCGGCGGACGGGACGGAGGGCGACGGAGGCGAAGGGGGCGACGGAGGAGGAGGGGCGCCUUGGAGCGGCGGCGGGGGCGGCGAGGGGGGCGAGAAGCGCCGCAAGUUUGGUUUUGGCCGGCGGGCCAAGCGGUGA